AUGUACUUUUUCUUGGCUUAUCUCUUCAUUCCUUCGAUUAAUGCAAUUGUGUCAGUUCAAAUUCAUCGAUUAGCACAAUACAAACCCAAUUCAUCUUGUGCUCUGCUUGCAAAUGUUACAUUGUCUUCGAGUGUAUCGAUUCAAUCUUGUAUUUGGCAAUGUGUAGAAGAAUUGAAGUGUCAAACGGCUGUUUACUCGUAUGAUAACAAUAUUUGUUGGAUGUAUGGUGAAUCGUGCGAGUCUGGAAGUAUUGAAUCAUCUGGAAGUAAUCGAUCGAGUGUGAUUUGUUAUCGAAAGAAUCCAAAUUCGAACAUGCACUGUCCUUCUGCACCGAUAAACAAUAAUUCAACUACAACAGUAACACUAAUUAUUAUUCAAGCAUCAAACAUUGAUAUAAUUAAUGCCAGUGCCCAAUACGGUUGUCCCACAUCUAUCAAUGUGACAGCAAAGGACCAAGCAACGGUUGGUAAUCUUUGUGCUACAGAUCAGCUGAAUAUCGAUGCAAGUGGAGUCGCACAUGUUUCAAUAAAUACUUCAAUAUGCGCACGUAUAAUGUACAUUUUCGUUGGAUCAGGUUCACCUAAUAUUGAUAAUAUUUGUGCGACUCAGUCACUAAUCAUUCAAUCAUCAUCAGCAUCUACAAUUGUAUAUAAUUCAUUGGCAACAUGUCCAUCGAAUGCGAGUGUAACGGUAUCCAAUUCAGCUAAGGUUGUCAAUGUGUGUUCUACAGAUCAGCUGAAUAUCGAUGCAAGUGGAGCCGCAAGUAUUUCAAUAAACAAUUCAGUAUGUCCACGAGUAGCUGCUGUUAAUCUUCAAUCAUCUGCAGUAGCUCAUGGUAUAUGUGCAACUGAUUUAAUUAAUGCAAAUACUAGUAGUGGUUCUACUUUAACAAUGAUACGUUCGAAUUCGGCAUUGCUUUGCCCCUUGUUAGCCAAUGUUCACGCAUCAACAGGAAGUAGAAAUUAUGUCUGCGGAACGCAAGUGAUCAAUGUCAUAGCAGAUAACGGUGCAUCAGUUUACUGUUAUGGAGUGUUGAAUUAUAUGCAAGUACUUUCCGGAGCACUUGUCUUUGCAUGUUCGACACAAUAUAUUGAUUUUCUAAUAAUUUAA